GUCCCCAGUUCAGCCCCUUGUGCCUUCCUGCCAGUGGGCCUCUCUCCCCUCCGAACCAGGAGAUGCAGGUUUCUCUGGAGGUGGAGGGUACUCCUUUCGGAGAGGAGGCUUGAAAAGUGGAAAGUGGCUUGUUGGCCCCGGGAGGAGGGGAAAGGGAAGAGAGGUGAGCCUUUUUGGCUUUCCUGCUAAGCUGAGGAGAAUUUGAUGGUGGAGACGAUGGCUGGAUUCUCAAGUUUUGGAUUACUCUUUCUCUUUCAAAUGUUAGCUUUUUCCUCUGCCCAGAGGCCAGGAUUACGAGGCCCUGUCGGACCGCAAGGCCCCCCCGGACCAUCUGGCAAGGAUGGCAUAGAUGGAGAGCCUGGUCCACCUGGCCUGCCCGGACCACCAGGGCCCAAAGGGACACCAGGAAAACCAGGGAAGGCGGGGGAUGCAGGUUUACCUGGCCUUCCAGGGGUGGAUGGUUUAACAGGGGUGGACGGCCCGCCUGGACCUCUUGGACUACCUGGAGAAAGAGUAAGUGCCAUGACCUUAUUGGUACAUGCUGCCAAAGAUCAGCAGCUGCAGGCCCUGCGUGAAGGAUCAAAUAGCACCAAUUGCAAGAAAAUAACAGUGGUAUUAGAGGUGUAUUACAUGGAGCCAUUGGGCCUCCGGGACCAGCUGGACCAGCGGACAGAGGACUCCCAGGACCUCCGGGACCUUCUGGACCCAGUGGCCUCCCAGGUGCAAACGGGUUUCAAGGACCACCGGGACCAUCUGGACUUCCAGGAUUUGCUGGACCACCUGGGCCUCCAGGUCCACCAGGUGUGCCUGGAGUUCUUCCUGAUGGCAACGGAGACCUUCAGUGUCCGGCCCUCUGUCCUCCUGGCCCUCCAGGGCCACCAGGAGUACCAGGAUUCAAGGGCCAUACUGGUUACAAAGGUGAGCCUGGAGAAACAGGCAAAGAUGGAGAGAAGGGACCACCAGGACCGCCAGGCCCUGCGGGACCUCCAGGAAGUGUUGGCUUGCAGGGGCCAAGAGGAUUACGAGGGCUUAUUGGACCAGUCGGUCCGGUUGGUGACAGACAUUUUAGGGGACAAAAGAUAUGUCUUUAAAAAUGCAAAUAACAAAACAGGAAUUCGGAGAGGGACAACAAGUGAAGGGUUAAAUGCAGCUUCCCUUCCCCGCAUGGUCCUGAGGCGAAUUGAGGCAGCACAAGGAACCCUAGGUUUUCGAGGGCCGCCAGGACUUCCAGGACCUCCAGGAAAAGCGGGACCCCGUGGAGACAGAGGGCCCCAGGGUUUCAGAGGACCCAAAGGCGACACGGGUGCCUCUGGGCCAAGAGGGACACCGGGGACUGCUGGGCCCUUAGGGGAACCGGGCAUGCCUGGAAAAGAUGGGAGAGAUGGAACGCCCGGACUCGAUGGUGAGAAGGGUGAUGCAGCUCGUUUUGGAGGUCCCGGAGAAAAAGGGCCAAAUGGACUGCCUGGACUACCCGGGAGAGCAGGACUGAAAGGCGAAAAGGGUCAACUAGGGAGUCAAGGAGAGAUGGGAGAAUCGGGCCCUUCAGGAGAGCCAGGUAUACCUGGGGAUCGUGGUAUUGCCGGUGAGAGAGGCGAUCCGGGGCCAAGGGGAUCUUCUGGAGCGCUUGGUCUACAGGGCCCCGCGGGACCACCAGGUGUGAGAGGAUUCCAGGGUCGUAAAGGUGCAAGCGGAGAGCCUGGCCUUCCUGGUCCUACUGGAAUCCGUGGCGGAUACGGGGAGAGGGGCCCCGGGGGAGCUUCUGGUCCCAAAGGUAACCAGGGCAUUGCGGGAGCGGACGGCCUGCCGGGUGACAAGGGAGAGCUGGGACCUUUUGGCCCCCCUGGGCAAAAGGGAGAGGCUGGAAAAAGGGGCGAGCUGGGUCCCAAAGGAGUUCAGGGCCCCAAUGGGACCUCUGGCGUGCCGGGAAUUCCAGGACAUCCAGGCAAGCUGGGUUUGCAAGGAGAACAAGGGGUACCUGGGAUUACCGGAAAACCAGGUCCUCCGGGAAAAGAAGCAAGCGAGCAGCACAUAAGAGAACUCUGUGGGGGUAUGAUCAGUGAACAAAUUGCCCAGUUAGCUGCUAAUCUGAGAAAGCCCUUGGCUCCUGGACUCACUGGUCGGGCUGGGCCUGCCGGUCCUCCGGGUCCCCCCGGGCAAACGGGAAGUGUUGGGCAUCCUGGGGCUCGUGGUCCACCUGGCUACAGAGGGCCACCAGGCGACUUGGGAGAUCCUGGUCCGCGAGGUGAUGCUGGUGAGAGAGGAGACAAAGGUGCCAUCGGUAAGGGCAUCGAUGGACCGGAUGGGGAUCAAGGACCUCAAGGACCCUCCGGUGUGCCUGGAACGAGUAAAGAUGGUCGGGAUGGUGCUCCCGGUGAACCUGGAUUGCCGGGCGAUCCUGGAAGACCAGGUGCAAUUGGGGUUCAGGGAACCCACGGAGUCUGUGAUACAUCAGCCUGCAUGGGAGCGGCUCUCGCCGGGGGAGGAAAGUCCAAAAAGUCAUAAAGCUGCAUUUUUAAAAAGAAGUGGGCGGGAAAAGAGAACUUGGA